CGUUGCGGUAUAACGGGUCGUAGGUAAUGGGGAUCGAUUGCUACCCGUGAAAACGCUCUGUACUUCCUUACUCCUUUGGGGUGAAAUAUUUUUGGUGACGAGGUAACCUUGCCUGUUGGGUCCCAUUUUCUGUUAAAAUGUCUCUAAGACCGAUAACGUUCGUCACUGGAAAUGUCAAGAAGUUGGAAGAAGUAACAGCUAUACUAGGAUCAAAUACUUUAUUUAAGGUGGUUAGCCAAGACCUUGAUUUGCCAGAAUAUCAAGGUGCUGACCCUGAUUAUAUUGUUAGAGAAAAGUGUCUUUCUGCCAUCAGAGUAACCAGGGGACCCACACUUGUGGAAGACACCUGUCUUUGCUUUAAUGCUCUUAAAGGGUUGCCAGGGCCCUAUGUAAAAUGGUUUCUUGCUAAAAUUGGCCCUUCUGGUCUUGCCAAUCUUCUGUCAGGCUGGGAGGAUAAAUCUGCCUAUGCGUUAUGUCUGUUUGCCUAUUCCGAAGGUGUAGAUGAAACAAUUCAUAUUUUCCGUGGAAAGACAGAAGGUAUAAUUGUUCAUCCUAGGGGACCCCAAGAUUUUGGCUGGGAUGCCUGUUUUCAACCAAAUGGAUUCACCUUAACUUAUGCUGAAAUGGAGAAAGAUAUUAAAAAUUCUAUAUCACACCGCAGUAAAGCACUGAAUGCAAUGAAAAACCAUUUCAGUAACAUCCAGAUGAAAUGUGAUAAAACAGACGUAUCCUUUUAAUCCUUUCAUAAGCAAUAUAUUUUUCACUUGUUG